AUGUCUGCUCCGAAGUCGACUGCUGGGUCUGUAGGAAGGCCUCUCACACCAUCGGCUCCUAUAUUCGUGCCCAUCGAUAUCUAUGCCAGUCAUGAGGUACUCGAUGCUUCGUUCGUCACGCGUACUAUUCCAGACAUCAGCCCCGAUUCUAGAGUUAUCGGUCUCUGCGCUGUGUCCCACGAGCGUGCAGGUACCGAUGACCUCGGUUGGCACAUUGCCGACUUCUUAGCAUUCAAAGCACUCCUCUGCGGCGAGACUCACCCGAAAGCUCAGACAUGGCUUUCCCAGUGUGAUAUUGCCAGUGUCGUAAAGGAUAACCCUGAACAUUACGUCCACGGCAAAGACCAUCGCCUGGUCAACGUCGCCGCCACGUCCUCUUCGUACACCAACCGGCAUGGAACCAUCCAGAAACGAGACGACGAGAUUAAGGUUGAAUCAUCAGCUGAAAAGCUUAUACAGGAUUUCCUUGGGGCCAUUUCGGACAAGUCUAGACUCAUUGAAGGGAAGAGUCUUCCCCUGGUCAUUAUUAUUUGUGGCCUUACUACACUAGAGCAGGACGUCUUCUUCGGAGAGACCGAUCCCAAGUUCCAGGUUACAAGCGAUCGAAUGCGCGAGGCACUUGGAGAGCAUGUUGAUGCUAUCGUUAUCUCUCCUGCUCUAUUUUCUGCAGGUUGGUUAGUCAAUCCGUCCUUUUGUCGACCACCGGCUAGAAAGAUGCGCGCCGAUCGCACAGAGUUCCUCGCAAGACAGUUUGGUGCAAUAUUUGCAAAGGAUGUCGUUGAAAGCUUCUUAAGUUGGUCAUGCCCCUUUAUUGACUGGGAUCAAUUUGGUGGGAAGAAGGAUGGCAGGUUUCCCGGUCCGGCAAAACCUUCGCAGCAGCAGCAAGAUGCGAUUGUGGCUUUCAAAGUGCAGAUCCAUAACACCCUCGCAGGUCGAUUGUCCGCUGGACAUAGAAACCACUCCUUUAACUUUGAGGCCGAUUAUGAUGACUGGCAGAAGUUGGUUGGUCCCCGUCGGCACAAGCCGUUGAGUCACUUCAAACAGAAGUGGGAGAAGCUUGGAGUAGGUUCCGUGGCUAAAGUGAACGAAGAGCAACUUGAGUUCCUCGGAGGCGCUUUCGGUGGCAAUAAGAAGUCGCAGGAAAGACAUAUAAAGCACCUUGUAUAUGACUCAUUCGCUGCUUUGCCUGGAUACUGGGCGCUGCCUUUUGGUCGAAGCGCUAGAGCCGCUUUCCGCAUGUUUCUUGAAAACGAUCAUCCCGAUUACAGGGACUGCCAUGAAAUCUUCAAUAUCAUAGAGCACCGCUCUACUUCAGCCGUCGUUGCAGACAUGACCCUCAAGUACUUUGGUUUCUCCAAACCAUAUGGAGAACGAUGCAGGGAUUGGGAUGAGCCAAAAUGGAUAAAAGAGUCAACUGAUUCCACACACCUGGCUGCUAAUCGGUUGUUUGGAGAAAUCAGCAAGUGCAUUCCUAGGGUUGAUGUGCCUCCUGGUGUCAAUCCGAACCACCUCAGCGUCAUUCAAAGACGGCUGGAGGUUCCUGCCUCUUAUCUAUCGGUAGCCAUACACAACCACCUCGGUGCUCGUGUAGGAUCGCCUCAGGCAAUAGUGAAGAAAAUUUCUGACUUUUUUGAAGAGAUUAAAGACCGCCAGACUGAGCUACUGGUUAAGGAUUCCGCAUUGCACGAUAAAUGUAGGGUUUGGUUGAACUCGGUUCACCUGCCUAUUCGCCCUCAAGACCCUAUUAUACCUCCUGUGAUAUCUACGACGUCCCCGGGAGAAAGCCCGCACAUCGCCUACCGGACUCCUCGGGCUUCGGACAGCCGAGGAAUAGCCUUCAAGUUUCCGACUACAGUUUCACAGACCGGAAAGGCUUCAGAAACCGUCUCUCCUCCUCGACCCAAGGCCAAUACGACAUUGGCUGGUCUUUCGAAUAAUCUUCCUGGCGAGAUGGAGGAAUUACUUCCCUCCAUCGACCCAAGAAUAGCAAUUCGGACACUUACCCAAGAGAAGGAGGAUCUGAUCAAGGAGCUUAUGGAAGCUCCGCCCAACAAACUCGUAGAAAUUCAGGAAAAGAUGGCAGAGAACCAGCAUCUUUUGGCUUUCAUGGAAGAAAUAGCUCAGAAAAAGGGGCUGAAAUCCAAGAAUGGCGCGCAUGAAUCUGAGAAGCGCAUCGGAGCUGUAUCCCCACCCAUCCACCAGGGGGACUCUCGCGUUCAUAGUCGCGAAGGCGCGCUCCAGUCAUCUCACAUACAACAAAUUCAGAGCCCUGAGCAACGAACGUCUCCUCAUCUCCGAGGUCCUUUAGAGAAGUCCGAUACGAAAUCGCAUGCUCGACGUCGUUUCGAGGAGCCAGCUCAAGAGAAACCAGCCGGCGACGUGUUCCAGCUUAGCUUAGGGAGAGGAGAUACCUCCAGCUCACCAAAUGAAACGAAACCAUUAUCACUCACUCCACACACCACACAGAAAGAAAGCAAACCAAUGGAGAAAUCUGAGACAUGGGUCCCGCCUCAUCUCCGUGGCCUCCAACAUAAAAAUAUCUGA